AUGCAUUUUUCAAGAGGUCUGAUUGCCUCUAUGGCGGUCAUCCUUCCAACUCUUGCCCUGCCUACAUCCUCCACUCAGAGCAAAUUUCAACCGGCAGCCGAUGCAGUCCCCGGUGAAUCUUCACUCUUUGUCAACUAUGCAGGCAAGAAGCCACCGAUCGCCUCCAAGUGGAUGAAGGCCAUUCCGGCAACCGGCUCCGGCCCAGCAGGGCCAGAUGAUCUCCUCUUCCAAAACCUACUCAGCGCAGAAUGGAUCAUCUACUCUCUUUACCAACAAGCAGUAGACACCUUUUCACCCUCGGACUUCACCAAACUGGGUCUCCCAAACAACACUUACCAACGCAUCGCCGAAAUCCGUGACAACGAAGCUGGUCAUCUCCGCAUCUUCCAAGACCAAAUCUCCACAGGCUCCAUCAAGCCUGGCCCUUGCAAAUACGAUUUCGGCCUCAAUAACAGUGCCAGCGCCUUCCUCGCACUACAGGUCUACAUCGAAGUCUCAAGCAUGGCCUUCCUCACAGGCCUCUCCCUUCAAGCCGAAGCAAACAUCUCCAAGUCUGCACUGAUGGCGAUCGGUCAAGUUGAAACACGCCACAACGUCUGGGCACUCCUCGAUGUCUACAACACCGAUCCAUUCUCGGGUCCCUCGGAUACAAUUUACCCCUACGCCAACCAGAUCCUAGACACGACAAACGCAUUCAUCGUACCGGGUAGCUGUCCCGCCGAGAAUCCCAUGUACCCAGCACCCCGCCAAGGUCUCCCUCUAAUCAACAUCAUCGGAAAUAGCACAACCGCGCAGCCUGGCUCGGAUAUCAAGUUCGUUUUUGAAUCUUCGGAUAACCAGCCUAAGUUCGAGAACGGGAAGGAUUAUUACGCUGUUUUCUAUCAUGGUUUGAACACUGUGAGUGUGUCGUAUAACCCGAAGAAGAAUAGUGUCAAGAUUCCCAAGCAGUUUGAUUCUGAGGUUGGGAUCAUUAUGGUUUCUAUCGCGGAUGAAGUGGAUGCGCCGACGGAGGGGAGUGUUAUCGCCGGGCCUUUGAUUAUUUUGGAGCAGCCCGGGAUGCUUACGCUGAAGGAGCCUUAUGUCUAUUAA